UACCGCUUAUCAUAGCUUUGAUAACGCUAUGACCAGUUCAAUUUAGUCCCUUGUUGGAUUCUUGGUGUACAAAAUGAGCGAAGAGUGCAGUAUUCCUGAUGCAGGAUCUUACGCAGCAAACACCCCAAACUCAAGCGAUGUUAGUGCGGUUACCAAAUCUCGUCCAGUGUUCUCUCCAGAUGACCUUUACUACAACAUGAGCGGUGACAGAUAUAUUUAUAUUUUUAACCACUACGCUUAUCAAAAAACAAGAUAUUUCAACCAGCAUCGGCCAUCAACUAGAGAAGGAACUCAAAAGGACGUCAACCGGCUCUCAAAGGUGUUCAGCCGUCUUGGUUUUAAAGUGGUAGCGCAUAAUGACUUGGAGCAUGGUGAUAUUAUAAAGGAGGUUACCGCAAUUAGCAGCCGGGAUCACAGCAAUACAUCGUGUUUAUUCUUUGCUUUUCUGACGCACGGCGAAAGAGGAGGGGACCUCUAUGCGUCUGACAGACCCUACCAGUUUAGAGACGUUCUUGUAUUGCUGGAACAUGGUCACGCGUCUUUGGUAGCUAAGCCUAAAGUACUUUUCGUUCAGGCUUGUAGAGGCGAUCAGAAAGAUGAAGGUAGAAGGGUUGAGCUUGAUAGUCCAGUAGCAUCCUAUGUUGUUCCAACACAUGCUGAUUUCCUGAUACUCUAUUCCACGGUUGAAGAUUAUCUCUCCUACCGUGACACCAAUGGCUCCUUCAUGAUACAAGAUCUGUGUAACAUUAUAGAGUCAUACCACGAGUCUUGCGAUCUUCUUCAUCUGAUCACCCUCGUUCAUCACCGCGUCGCCUAUCACCGUUCCACUUACGCACCUAAAUCAACUCAUCACAAUAAGAAACAGAUGCCCGAAACAAGAUUUUCACUUACUAAAUUGUUAAAAUUAUAGAUGCCGUUGAAAUACCGACUAACUUUGGUGUUUGAUUAUCGGAUGUUGAGAAAACAAGAUUUGAAAUGUUUGAAACUAACUAAUAAAACACGUGUCCUUAUGAUUUAUAUAGAUAAGAUAGAUAUAAAUUAAUUAAUUUGUUUUUAUUUUUAGUGAAUUAAGUGUAUUUUCUUAAAUUCUUAUUUUCGAUAGUGUUAAUUGCUUAGUAAUGCUGUGCAUAACUUUAAAUCAGUAUUAUAGUAAAAGUUAUAAUAAUUGUAAUUUUAUUUCGUAAAUGAUAAAUUAUGUAUCUAGUUGGUAAGCGUAAAUAAAUA